AUGCCGGUGUCAACUAAAUCCCAACCCUCUAAGAUUAGAAUCUCAAUCGACCGAGGCGGGACGUUCACUGAUGUGCAUGCCUCUGUACCUGGUAAACCAGACAUCAUUUUGAAGCUUUUAUCAGUCGACCCAGGGAAUUACCAAGAUGCUCCCACCGAAGGAAUUCGGCGGGUGCUCGAACUGGCUACUGAUGAAAGCUUUCCCAGAGGCAAGCCACUCAACUUGAAAUAUCUGGAGAGACUGCGAAUGGGUACUACAGUAGCUACGAAUGCAUUGCUCGAACGAAAAGGCGCAAAGUCGGCGCUGAUCACCACAAAAGGCUUCAAAGAUCUAUUGUCAAUAGGCAACCAGGCGAGACCCAAGAUCUUCGACCUCUCUGCGAAGAAAGCGGAAGUGCUAUAUGAAAAGGUCGUCGAAAUCAACGAGAGGAUCAUCCCCUGCCCCCAAGCCAGCGAGGCACACAGAUAUCCUGAAUGCCGCCUAGUAGAAGGGACAACUGGCGAGCAAUUUCGGAUUUUGCAGGAGCUCAAUCAAGAAGAAGUCAUUGACGAACUGCAUAAAUUAUGGGACGAAGGAUACAGAUCGCUCGCUGUGGCACUGCUGCACUCCUACGCCCAUCCUGCGCAUGAGGUUAAGAUUGGCGAGAUCGCUUUGUCGAUGGGCUUCUCGGUCGCCCUGUCGUCAAGGCUUCAGCCCAUGAUCAAAGUGGUGCCCCGAGGCAUGUCAGCUUCGGCAGAUGCCUACUUGACCCCAGUGAUCAAGAGUUAUAUCGACUCAAUCGACUCCAACUUUGAAGGCGGUCUCGACAAUUCGCACGGCUGCCGCUUUGAAUUCAUGCAAUCCGAUGGAGGGCUGGUCGACUUCCGCAACUUCAGCGGUCUGAAAGCGAUUCUUUCUGGACCUGCCGCUGGUGUAGUCGGGUUUGCCGCCACUAGCUGGGAUGAACAGGAGCGUGUCCCUGUCAUUGGAUUCGAUAUGGGCGGCACCUCCACUGAUGUCUGCCGGUUUGAUGGAAACUUCGAGCACGUCUUCGGUGCCAACAUUGCAGGCGUGUCAAUACAGUCUCCACAGCUUGAUAUCAACACUGUCGCCGCCGGAGGUGGAUCGAAUCUCACAUGGCGAAACGGUCUGUUCCUUGUUGGCCCAGAGUCGGCGUCUGCUCAUCCAGGCCCGGCCUGCUACCGCAAAGGAGGGCCUCUCACAGUCACCGACGCCAACUUGUUCCUCGGUAGACUACUACCUGAGUACUUCCCCAAGAUAUUUGGUCCGAACGAGAAUGAGCCACUGGAUCGUGAGAUCACCACGCGGAAAUUCCAAGAACUCACAGAUGCCAUUAAUCAAGAACAGCGAGAAACGGGCCAAGCAGAGUUCACUGCCGAGGAAGUGGCCCUAGGCUUCCUGAAGGUUGCCGAUGAGUCUAUGGCACGCCCUGUCCGUAAUCUGACUGAGGCGCGCGGCUUCGAGACUUCUUCCCACUAUCUUGCAUCGUUUGGAGGCGCUGGAGGUCAACAUGCCUGCUCUGUUGCAGCCACUCUUGGGAUCUCUCGGAUCAUCAUCCACAAGUAUUCUUCGGUCCUCUCGGCGUACGGGUUGGCCCUGGCGGACGUCGUCAAGGAAGCUCAAGAGCCUGCUUCUGUCGAGUAUAUCUCCUCGCAAUCCAGCUUGCGCAAACGAUUCGAAAGCAUGAUCGCCAAUUCCACUUCCGACUUGCUGGGUCAGGGGUUCCAGCUGGAACAGAUCCAUCAUCAGCUCUACCUCAACAUGCGUUACGAAGGCUCCGACACCAGUCUCAUGAUUCUCAAGCCGGAGAACUGGGACUUUGCGGCAGCAUUCAAAGAACGUCACCGGAGAGAAUUUGGAUUCACGUUCGAAAAGCCAUUGCUGGUGGACGACGUGCGUGUCCGCUCGAUUGCCUCUUCCAACAGACACGCCGAGAAGAGUCCAGCAGUCCAGCUCAAAGAGGCGCAGAUGAAAGACAUGACCAACCCCCCGAAGGAGACGACACAAGUAUAUUUCGAGACGACAGGCUACGCUGAUACUCCUGUCUAUCUUCUCAAGAGCAUCGCGAAGAACACUCUGAUCCACGGCCCAGCAAUCAUCAUCGACGAGACUCAGACUAUUGUGGUUGCGCCAGACGCCGUGGCCAACGUGCUGCAAACAUGCAUCGUGCUUGAUCUGGAGCAAGACAAGACCCAGACCGCCCAGGUCACCUCCCCUGCAGACGCGGUAUUAUCCAACGCAAGAAUCCCCAUCGACCCCGUGAGACUCUCCAUCUUCGGGCACAGAUUCAUGUCCAUCGCCGAGCAGAUGGGCCGGACGCUCCAAAAGACGUCUGUGUCCACCAAUAUCAAAGAACGCCUCGACUUCUCCUGUGCACUAUUCUCUCCUGAUGGCGGCCUUGUUGCGAACGCACCCCACGUGCCUGUUCACCUGGGCUCGAUGCAAUUUGCCGUACGUUACCAGCACAACCGGUGGCUCGGCCAACUCAAAGACGGCGACGUUCUUGUCUCCAACCACCCCAGCUGCGGCGGAACGCAUCUACCAGAUAUUACAGUGAUAACGCCCGUGUUCGACCGACCCGGCGGCUCCGAGAUUGUCUUCUACGUCGCGUCGCGCGGCCACCACGCCGACAUAGGCGGUCUGCUCCCGGGAUCGAUGCCGCCGAAAUCCACCGAACUAUGGCAAGAAGGCGCGGCGAUUGAAGCGGAAAAGAUCGUCGACAACGGCUUCUUCAACGAGUCCCGGAUGACUGAAAUAUUGCUACAAGAACCUGCAAAUUACGACGGAUGUUCCGGCACACGCUGUCUCGCGGACAACCUGUCCGACCUGAAAGCCCAGAUCGCCGCCAACACACGCGGCAUUCAACUCAUUCAGAACCUGAUCUCCGAAUACGGUCUCCUCUGCGUGCAGGCAUACAUGUACGCCAUCCAGUCUACGGCCGAGACGGCUGUACGCAAUCUCCUGCACGAACUUUAUCUCCGCUUUGACGGGCAGCCGCUCGCAGCGACGGACUAUAUGGACGACGGGACGCCGAUCAGUCUCAAGAUCCAGAUUGACAAAGACACCGGCUCCGCAGUGUUCGAUUUCGAAGGAACUGGGCCGGAGGUGUACGGGAACACGAACGCGCCGGUGGCGAUCACGCAUUCGGCCAUCAUCUAUUGUCUGCGCUGUAUGAUCAAUUCCGAUAUUCCGCUCAACCAGGGCUGUCUGGCACCCAUCACCAUCAAGAUCCCCAAGAGGUCUUUACUUUCGCCGUCACGAACUGCCGCUGUCGUUGGCGGCAAUGUCCUCACAUCCCAGCGCAUCACGGACGUCGUGCUCAAAGCGUUCCGUGCCUGCGCCGCGUCCCAGGGCGACACGAAUAACUUGACGUUCGGCACUGGAGGCAAAUCCGAAGACAAAGAUGGCAUUGUCAGCCAUGUCAAUGGAUUCGGGUACUACGAGACCAUCGCGGGCGGAGGCGGUGCUGGGCCUACCUGGACCGGGCAGAGCGGCGUGCAUACCCAUAUGACGAAUACGCAUAUCACGGAUCCAGAGAUUCUGGAGAAACGGUAUCCUUGCGUCCUGCGCCAAUUCACGCUGAGAGAAGGGUCGGGCGGGGUCGGUGCCAAUCCGGGAGGCGAUGGUGUCGUGCGUGAGAUUGAGUUUCUGGAGCCCGUCCAGUGCUCAAUCCUGAGUGAGAGGAGGGUCCACAGGCCGUACGGGAUGGAAGGUGGUGGGCAGGGGAAGGAAGGCUUGAAUCUCUGGAUUACCAAGGAUGAUGAGACCGGGGAGGAACGCAGGGUUAAUCUCGGUGGGAAGAAUACUGUCAAAGUAAGGAGAGGUGACAGAGUGGUGGUUAUGACCCCUGGGGGUGGUGCUUGGGGGAAGAAGGAGGAGUAG